CUGAUCCGUGCCGCUGCUGCGCCAUAUUGGCUGCCUUACAUGGGGAGUGGAGUUGGCCAAGCUGCCUGAUUAACCAUACCAGUUUCCAGAGAUGAAGCUCUUUAGCGAAACCAAGUAAAUCGGCAACGGAUAACUUUUUAAGUUUCCUUGACUGCAGAGUAUUAAGAAUUAGCUAAAUUGCUCCCAGUGUUUGUUUCUUUUGGGUUUUCUUUCCUGAGAAGAGGUCCUCUCCAAACUCGACUCCAAUGGAUCCCAGGACCGCUUGGAUCCAGCCAGAGCAGAAGGGACCGGCCAAUUCCCUAUGGAUGCAUAUUUGGGAGACCUCCCAAGGAUUUGGAGCAAAUACCGGCAUCGACAACCACCUCCACCACAGUGUUGUGCAAAAUGCUAACUCCGCGGACUCUAACGGCGAGUAUUGCAGACACAUAGCGCCGCUGCCGGGGGUUGUGUUUGGGAAACUGUCGAAGCGAGACGGCGGAGGAGAGAAGGGAAAUGUCCGGAGGAAGGGCUCGUUGUCGCCGUCCUCGUCCUCUCUGGACUCGGAGGCCGACAGCACGUCGCCCACCGGCUCCUCGCUUCAUAUCGACAAUUUGAACGAGGCCGAGCAGUUUUUACACUGCGGCGAGCAUGAGUUGAACGAGAACAACCUCCGACGGCAGCAGCAGCUCCCUCAGCCCUCUCACCCCGCUCAGCUACGCUGUCGCAGCAUGCAACAAUCCGCCGGCCACACCCCCACCGGCAUGAAGAAGCAGCAGCAGCACGGGAACAGGCACAACCACCAGCCCCAUUCAUCCGGCCGCAGGAGGCAGUUGAGCAGAGCCAACACGUUCCACGGCAUCAACCCGCUCCUGUCGCUGGGCUUCAGCGGCCACUACGCCGGCUCCUCCGUUAGCUUGUGGAAAACCAGGCGCUACAGCCCGGGCAACAAUGGUCUCCAUGAAGAAAUAUUAGACUUUUUCAACUUCAUGUCACCGAGACCGGAGGAGGAGGCCAUGAGACGGGACGUUGUCAACCGGAUAAGGAGCGUCAUUGAGGAUUUGUGGCCCACGGCACGGGUGGAUAUAUUCGGCAGCUUCAGCACAGGACUGUAUCUUCCUACUAGUGACAUUGACCUAGUGGUGUUUGGAAAGUGGGACCAUCCCCCACUGCAAGAACUUGAGCAAGCUUUGAAAAAACACAAUGUGGCCGGCCCAUAUCCCAUCAAAGUUCUGGACAAAGCUACAGUGCCAAUCAUCAAACUGACUGAUCAUGAAACCAAGGUGAAAGUGGACAUCAGCUUUAAUGUGGAGACUGCAGUCAAAGCCGCACAGUUUAUAAAGAGCUACCUAAAGAAGUACACCGUUCUUCCACCCCUGAUCUUCGUUUUGAAGCAGUUUCUCUUGCAGAAGAACCUAAAUGAAGUCUUUACUGGAGGCAUCAGCUCAUAUAGCCUGAUUCUCAUGGUCAUCAGCUUCCUGCAGUUGCACCCUCGGAUUGACACGCGGCGAGCCAACAUCAACUUGGGCAUCCUGCUGAUUGAGUUCUUCGAGUUGUACGGCCGCGAUUUCAAUUACAUGAAAACGGGCAUUCGGGUGAAGAAUGGAGGAGCUUACCUGUCCAAGGAGGAGAUGGUCAGAGCCAUGGGGAAUGGAAACAGGCCAUCAAUGCUCUGCAUCGAGGAUCCAAUACAGCCAGGCAAUGAUGUGGGAAGGAGUUCAUAUGGAGUUCUACAAGUCAAGCAGGUCUUUGACUUUGCCUACAUGGUCCUGAGUCAUGGAGUGUCUCCUCUCGCACGCGCUUACCCCAACAAAGAGCACGACAGCACUUUAGGACGAAUCAUUAAAGUUAGCCCUGAAGUGCUGGCCUACAGGGAAUGGACAAUCAAGAAAUGGGGAGCCAAGCAGAAUGCCAAGUUGGAGAAUCAUGGCAAGUUUGUGUGGUUUACCUUUGUUUUGUAUUUGGAGUCGUGUGAGCAGGAUCUUUCCAGACUGAUGGUGGUUGAAGAUCUAAGGGACACUUCCUCCCCCCUCAGUGCUGACUCCCCCUCACCUCCACCAGUCUUUCUCCCCAGCCCACAUCACCAUUCGUCGUCAUCCUCUGCAUCCUCGCUUUCUUCCUCUCCCUCUGGAAGUGACAUAGAGUCGGACUCUUCACUGAGCAGCAGCACUACUAUCCAGCUCCAGUCCCUCACGCUGGCCUCGGUCCACUCCAUGUUUCAGAUGGCUGCUAACCCGAGGGCCACGCAUCCAGCAGGCUUUAUCCACCCAGCACAUCAGGUCCGGAUGUCUCUUCCAGAAAAUGUCACCAUUCGCUCACUCUCUGAUUGCCAGUUCUUCCAAGAGAACCCUCCCAUCAUCAGUGUUGUGCACCGUCACACAACACAUUCCGCACAAGUUUCCCAACAUGCAACCCCCACAAGUCCUCUCCCCAGCCCCCUCCACCGCCCGCAGGUCGGAGGGCAGCAGGGCCGCAGCUACGUAAUGAGAUCCAACUCCCAUGGUUCCUUUGAGGCACACAAAUUGGGCUUCAAGCACAACCUGGCCGGCAGCAUUCAGGCCCAAAACUACUGUCAAGGCAACUUCAGCUCCCAGAGCAAGUUUGUUCCCCAGGGCCAUAACUUGGCAUCCUUUAGAAACCAGCACCAGUACAACCGCAGCACCUGGCGGCGCAGGAAGAGGGACAGUGUUCCUGCUCUGAACCAGAGCCGAUGAAGGGACAUUGUGUUGUGAGAGGCUGUAGGAAAUGCCCCUGCACUGUAACUGAAUGCACAGGUCAAGUCGAGAUGUCUCCCAUUGCUUGCUGGAAACUUCCGGCAGGUCCCCAUCUUAACUGCGCUUAUUUUGUUGCAUCAGUCUGAAGUCGGCAGCCCUCUCACUGAACUGGAUUUCCACCAGCAAAAGCUUGAGCUGAUUAAUGAGGUUAGUGAAUACCAGACUGGGCCAUCCUCAGCUGGGUCACCGCCCAGUUGGUUUUCAGUGUCCAUGCAAAUGAACAUCUUGUGCCAUAGUACCAAUCUGGUUCAUUAGACCUGACAUCUCUUAACAAGUUGGCUUUUACUUAGUCUUUCUUAUCAUUUUUAGGCUCUUUCAGUCUUCUAAAUGCGACUACCUACUGGGUCAAAACCUGAUUCAGAGCUCUUAAGGUUUGGAGUAUCCCCUACAGAUUGUAUUCUGAACAAAAAUGAAGCACUACCUAUGCAGCACAAUGCUGACAAUGUUUUUGAUGAUGUGACAGCACAAGAGACAGUCUCAAGUGCUUAAACUGUGACGACUGGUAUGAAUGUAGCAAGUGUGUUUGUUUUUUUGUUUGGUUUGGGGGUUGUUGUUUUUUGGAAUUCUUUUUUUUUUUGUAUGUGGUCAUACAAGUAUUUUUUUUGUCACGGCCGUUUUUUUCUUUUCUUUUUUUUUUACAUCGGCACUAUUAUUGUUUCUUAUUUUGUAGAAACUUCCACUUUAUAUUUGUUGCAUAUUGUGCAAUAAUUUUUAAGUUAAUUUAUUUCACAUUUUAGUUUGAUUUUACACUUUUUCUUUUAUUUCUUGACUAUCUGUGCAAUAGAUGGAUUGAAAGGCUUCGGCAAAACAUUUGCAAGCACGUGUGUGUGAGUGUGGCUUUCCAGCAGAAGGGGGAGCUCUGGUAGAACAAAUGCCCUGAAAACCCCCACAAUGCCAAUAUUUUACUCAUAUUCAAAAUCUCGUAAUCCCCUUUUGCCGACUGCGUGUUCAAAUACUUUUCCCACCACCGGUUCUGAUUUUAAACAUAUCACUAAGGAUGCAGACAUUUAGGGUUUUUUUAUCUGAAUGCAUUUCCUCAUGAAAGGCAUCGGGUAAAUGUACCUUAAGCUGUGUUUCAUGUGUCAUUUCAAAAAUGGUUGGUGCUACUUAUUACCAGCAAAGUGCUUGUUUUCUGCCUUAUAUAUGCUUUGAUUCUGUUAAAGCAACAGGUUAACUGCCUUCUUAACUGACCAAAUCUUCCCUUUCUUUUUCUGUACGUAGCCAGAGCCUCAUGUAUUUGUUUCAACAAGCACUGCCAGGGUUACAUGGCUUUUAGUUCUGCAUGCUGUCUCUGGGUGUCUCCUCCAGGGGCAGACUUCUUUUGCAGUCAGUGAUUGUCAAUAUUAGCAUCAUGCCUCAUCUCUUUUUUUUUUUUUUUUUUUUUUUUUUCUCAAAUGAACAAAAUGACAAAUCAGUUGUUAAUGGUCUUCAUGUUUAAAAUCAGUAUCUGAAAGCGACAGUUUACACAGCAAACGAAAAAAGGACCAGAGUUUGGGACACUCUACAAUCACUUCAAGUGAGGUUUGAUUGUUUCAGGAGUCUAAUUAUAGCGGCUCUGCAUACUAAACUCAGUGUGUUCUAUGCAUUGUUCUUUUUCUUUUCAGUGCAGCUUUUCAGAAACUUGUCUAGAUGAUAGUUGGGUUUCUCACAUUACAACAUACCAAAUCUCCAGCUCAUAUCUGUGUAAUGAAGGAUGGGUUUCAUGUGUAAACGAAGGACGUUUAGAUGUAUGCCAUGUUUAUUUUUGUUUAUUUUUUUUAUGUAAGUUUUCUAUUUUUUUAAUAAAC